GAAUCAAAAUUGGAAGUUUUAAAUAAUGCCGCGCUUCAUUUCUAUCUGGAAGAUUCGACGUUGAGCUAUCCGAAACCAUAUAUGCCGGAUACAAUUUCAGUAGGAGAUUUAAUCGUCGGAUAUCCGCUAAACCCUCUACCGGAAGAAUUUGACAAAUUUAUGGAAAAAUCCAAAACAGUUUUGAUAUCAUUUGGGAGUUAUAUUGAUUAUUUGGACGUAUUAAUCUAUAAAAAAUUUUGUACCGCUAUAAAAAUGUUACCAGAUGUUAAAUUCAUUUGGAGGUCUAAAAACUCAAAAGUAUGCGGAGAUAUCUUGUCGAAUGUUUUAUUUCGUUCUUGGAUUCCACAGAACGAUUUGUUGGCGGACAGCAGGUUGAACCUCUUUAUAACGCACGGAGGAUACAACAGCCUGAUGGAGAGUGUGUACCAUGCAACUCCUGUCAUCGUCUUUCCACUCAUGGGUGACCAGGUUAACAUGGCUUCGGUGGCUGUUGGAAAAACGUACGGCUUGGAAAUGGAUCUAGGCAACUGGGAGGCCGAAGAAUUAGUGAAGAACAUCAAACAAGUAAUGGAAAAC